UUCCGGCUCUCCCUCCGACCCCCAAACCCCGCCCGCAAUCCUCAGGUGAAAAGACGGAAACGCCCACCACCACCCCCGCUCCACCCCUGAUUCGAACCAAUCCAUGGCCGGCGGCGGCGCGUCGCCGGCGCGGGAGGGCGGCCGGGAGGAGUGGCUGCGCAUCUACGACCGGAUGGUGGCCGUCCUGCGGAAGAGCCACCGGGACGUGGAGGCGCUGCUCGCCGACCGCACGCGCCUCGAGGCCGUCCUCAAGAUCCAGCACGACUUCUGGCUCCACCGCGACGCCGUCCUCAGGGACCGCCUCGACGAGACGCGGAGGGUGGAGGACUGCCUGCGGCGGGGCGACGCCGCCAAGCUCGACCUGCUCCUCGGCGACAAGGACCUCGAGGUGCGCCGCCACCGGAUCUACAUCGAACACCAAGAUGGUGACUUGGAGGAUUUCAAAAGGGAUGCGGCUGCUUUGGCUCAAGAAAACAAUGAACUGAAGAUAAAACUGAAGGAAGCUGAAAGUUGUGCCGAGCUCAGCGAGCCGAUUACAGACCCCGAGCACAGCGGAAGAGAUUUGAGAGCAGAGAUACGGAAGCUAAAGAAAGCCUAUAAGGCCCUGAGCUCGCAAAAGGAGAGUGAGGUUUCCGCGUUACUUGCAGAAAAGGAUUUUGUGUGGAACCAGUACAAGACAAUGGAGAAGGAUUACGAGACGCUCCUUAAGAAGAAGAAGAUGGAGGCAGCACAGGCUACUGAAGCAGCAGAGAAGCUUCAGCGGAAGGUGGAGGAGCUGCAACUGCAAGUGGUGGCCCAAAAGAAGGAUGACGAUGUUGGCAGAUUGCAAGCAGAAGCUAAUGAUGCCAAAAAGAAGGUACUGGCUCUUGAGGAUAAGCUACAAAAAAUGCACUCCCUGGUCAGUGAGAAAGAUGAUGAAAUCCAAAAACUCAAGAGUGGGCACCUUCAGUCUAGUCAAAAGCGGAAGAAGGAUAUCAGUGGGACACAUAGAAGAUCUAGGUCUGAAGGUCCAUCUGUACGGGGCAAGUCUAAAGGUAAUCCUCGGAGGCAAAUGGCAGAAGAAGAUCAACCUGAGACCAGUCAGAAGCGUCAGUGUGCCUCUUCGUUGUCAAGUGGACUGGCGCUCCGGCGUUGCUCCUCGAGGAUGACGCACCUGAGACCCGCGUCGUCGUCAUCACCUGCGCCUCAGCAGGUACUCUUCCACUCCAGUUUCAAGGUCCCAAAGCUGAAGGCCCCCGCCCCUCCUCCCCCUCCCCCCUCGUAGUAGUCUGAUCUAAUGGUAUCCUGACAUGUGCAGCUGCUGUUAGACCUCCAUGAUGGCUGUGUUUAGGUGUGUGGAGUUAGUGAUCAGGUUUAAGUUUUAUCUUGCGCCGCGUGCUCACUGGAGGCGGCGAUUGUGUUUUGUAACCUACAUCCUCUCCCUUAUUUUGGAGGCCCUUUUGUAACAUAUUCGUGGGCGCUGCGCGAAUGGGAGAGCUCACUGACCGGUGUAUGUAUGUAUGUGUGUGUUAACCAGGUGGUGCCCUGGGGCCGGAAUUCACGAGGUGUUUGAGAUGUGAUACAAACUCCCCUCAGUAAUAGCUGUGUGUUUCUGCCGUUGGUGUAUAAAAUGUUGAGUGGUGGAUGUGUGAGAGGA